AUGCAGGCGCAGUCCGGAUACGCGUCGUCUCCCUCGCAGCAGCAGCAGCAGCAACAGCAACAGCCCACCUACUUCGGCAGCAACAUGAUCUCCUCUGGAUCCAGAGAUGACGUGGGCGGAUACGGCGGAUACGCGGGCGGCGGAUCCAGCUCGCAUUUCCCUUCCGGUUACCCCGGACAGCAGCAGGGAACCGCUGGAUCCUCGUCGGCCAACUCGCGCCCCAACACUUUUGCGAGCUUCUCCGAGUCUUUCUCCGGAGGCUACAACGGCAAUCAGCUCGUGCCUCAACAGCAGCAACAACAGGCUCAGCAGCAGCCGCAAUCGCAGCAACAACAGCAGCAGCCUCAGCAGCAGCAAGCGCCGCCCACCACCUCGUACCGAAGCGAGCACAGCUACUACCAGCCCUCGUCCGAUUCGUACGGCGCCAACCGCGAUCGAUCGGGUCAGCCGCUCUAUCCCUCGAGCGAUGGCUUUGCCAAGGAUUCGCGUUUCGACGGCGGCUAUUCGUCGGCGAGCGGCCAGCAGGACUGGAGCAACUAUCAGGCUUCUUCGGGCCAGGCCGGCGCCAACGCCGCUUCGCGAUCUCAACCUACUCCGGCUGCAGCACCCUCGGCUUCACCGUCAGUAGCGCCUGCUGCUGCGACACAGGCAGCGGCGGGUGCCGGAGCAGCGCCAGCCGCAGCGGGGCCCAAGAAGCGUGGACGCAAGCCCAAGAACCAGACUCAGGCUCCCGCCGCCGCCCCAGCAGCAGCACCCGCAGGAGGCAAAGCGGCGGGCGGCUAUCCGGCGCAGCAGCAAGCUGGAUUCAUCGAUCCAUCUGCCACCAUGAUCAAGGCCAAUGGCACCACCGCCAAGGGCAAGAAGGCAGCCGCCGCCGCCGCCGCUGCCGCUGCCGCAGCGGCUGCUGCUGCUGCUCCACCUCCCUCGGCAGCUCCUGUGAUUGCUGGCAUACGACCCAAGGGCAAACGAGGUCGAAAGUCAAAAGCGGAGCUCGCCGCGGAAGCUGCUGCUGCCGCCGCCGCCCCACAACAUAGCGUCGUGGCAGCUGCGGAUCCAUCGAUGAACCCGCCUCCAGCGAAACGCAAACGACGAACCAAGCUCGAGAUGCAGGCGGCGCGAGCGGCGGAAGCCGAGGCGGCAGCACGACAAGCUGCGCUGCAAGCGGCCGGUCAAGCGCCCAUACCGGUGAAAGACCCGCGAGGACGCAAACCUGGCUCGAAAGGCAGCUUCACCAUCGCGUGGAACAAGGAGAUGGUGUCCAAGAUCCAAGGGCUGCGCGUGUUUGGAAACAUGAUCGAGGACGACGCUACGCAGCAGGAGUUUGACAACGUGGUGGUGGAUCUGUUGAGUAUGCUCGACGGCAAAUUGCCACAAGACAAACAGGGCUGA